GAGCCCUUUUCUUUGCUGGCGAGUGGGACAGGCACCCAGAGGGGACAAUACAGGGUGAGGGACUGCCAGGGGAGGCGAGGGCUGCAGACAGAGCCGAGCGCACGGGGAGCUGAGCGAGUCGGGUGCCAUGGGUCUGUUGGAGUGCUGUGCCCGCUGCCUCAUCGGGGCACCCUUCGCCUCUCUGGUCGCCACCGGGCUCUGCUUCUUUGGGGUGGCACUGUUCUGUGGCUGUGGGCACGAAGCCCUCACCGGCACCGAGCAGCUCAUUGAGACCUACUUCUCCAAGAACUACCAGGACUACGAGUAUCUCAUCGAUGUCAUCCACGCUUUUCAGUACGUCAUCUAUGGCACAGCCUCCUUCUUCUUCCUCUAUGGAGCCCUGCUGCUGGCUGAAGGCUUCUACACCACCGGCGCCGUCCGGCAAAUCUUCGGGGACUACCGGACCACCAUCUGCGGCAAGGGCCUCAGCGCAACGGUAACUGGGGGCCCGAAAGGGAGGGGAGCGCGAGGCCCCCAGCGAGCUCACUCUUUGCAGCGGGUGUGUCAGUGUUUGGGAAAGUGGCUAGGACAUCCUGACAAGUUUGUGGGCAUUACAUAUGUCCUGACCAUCGUCUGGCUCCUGGUCUUCGCCUGCUCCGCCGUGCCCGUCUACAUCUACUUUAACACUUGGACCACCUGCCAGUCCAUCGCCAACCCCACCAAAACCACUGCCAGCAUUGGCACGCUGUGUGCGGAUGCCAGGAUGUAUGGUGUCCUGCCCUGGAACGCGUUUCCUGGGAAGGUGUGUGGCUCUAACCUGCUCUCCAUCUGCAAGACCAGCGAGUUCCAAAUGACUUUCCACCUCUUCAUCGCGGCCUUUGUGGGGGCUGCUGCCACACUGGUCUCACUGCUCACCUUCAUGAUCGCCGCCACUUACAACUUCGCCGUCCUCAAGCUGAUGGGCCGGGGCACCAAGUUCUAGCCGGCAAGGUGGAGCCCAGCCAGACAAGCACCCUCCUUUCCUCUAACCUCGAGGCUUUAACACUGCAGCCACCCGACACCAGGUCUCCUGCCUUAACGCUGCCUUCGCCGCUGACUCCCCUCCUCUUCCUCCCUCGCAUCCAUCGUGCUGAGCGUGACCAGGAAGAGCUUCUCACCAACGGAUGCCUCUUCAUGCACUUUUCUCUCUGUGCUCACCCGUAACCGGUUCGCUCUAGGGCCAAAACCAGCAAAGGAAGAGGAGGGACUCACUCCGGUGUCCCAACGUUGCCUAUAGGGAUGAGCAAAAGCCUUCAUGCUCCUGGGAGGCAGAAAUCCAAGCGUAGGUUGCUCCAGGAGUAGCAUGAAGGAGGCUCCCUAGAGAGAAAAGGAAGUUGGCUGGGUCUGUUGGAGCUGGAGCCUCUCCUGGCGCUGACUGCCGGCACCUCUCCUGGAUGGAGGAUGAGAUGGAUUAUUUUUUCCCCUAGUAAAGAAAGAUGAAUUUACCCUAAAGUGCCUGCUGCAGCCAAGGCAAAGGGAGUUUAGGGCAAGGAUCUUCCCAUUGAGGAGAAGAGAGCGCUGACCCCGAUGCUGAUAAAGCCCAUGUCCCUAACCCAGCUGCCCCUAUAAAAGCCUGGAGGAGUUUGGUGUCUGUGCGCAAAGGGCACCCUCGGCUUUAGGUUCCAGCACCACAGUGCCAGCUGAGGGGUCCGCCUGCGCUGUGCUGCAGAGCAGAGCUGGAGCAGCCCCUUUGUAGUGCAGGAUAACCCACGGACAGCCCAUCUGCUCCAAACUCAGCCAUUCCUUCACAAUGGUGCUCUUCUCUCGGGGUGACAUUUGCUUCUGUAACGUUUGCUGCUCCUGCAGUCUCUGUUCGUUCCACGUUCGCCCUCCCCACCAACAGGUGCCCCGCUCUGCUCUUCCUCCCCCCCGACCACUUCGUGCUAACGCUUUGUGUUUAUUUAUUGGAGAAACUACUCUUACUGGCAGACCAUCGCUCCAUCCUGCAUGGAUAUUUUAUUUUAUUAUUGUUUUCUUUUUUAAUGUCUGUAUUAUGGUGAUUCCAUCAGCUGGGGGGGCAGGGAUAAUGGGUCGGUCUGCUGAGCAGAGCGCUCCGAGGAUCCUUGCUGCCCAGCACUGAGCUUGGCCAUGCUACCAACGCACACGGGCUGGGGAGGGGGAGAUGGGGAGAAACCAGGCAAGAUCUGGGGGAUCCAUUCACAUCGCCGCCGCCGCCGCUCUUGGGAAGGUUUGCUGGUGGGUUUUGGUAUUCAUUUAACAACAAAUAACCGGGUCCUCCUUCCCACUCUUGUUCCCAGACCCCCAAACACACACACACACACACACACGCACACACAGAGUUAAUCAACUGAAAGCGUUUCCUUCACCUCUGAUCUAGAAGUUCAGCUCGUUAACAAGCAAUAAAAAGGAGCAGGUUUUUAAAGACUUAUCUUACAAGAUGUAUUUUAUAAAGAUUAAAGGAAAUAAAUUAAAAUUAAGAACAUUCCGAAUGAGA